CUCUUUCGCACGAAUAACAUGGUGGUAGCUCUUCGUUUGGUGGUAGCGCCGUGUGAAAAGUUUAUAUUGUUUGUCUUAUUCGCCUUUGUUUACGUGUCCAACUUCCAGAUAGGUUUUAGGUAGAUAAACUUAUAAUCCUGUCGUUUAUGAAAAUUAAUGUUACCGUUUGCUAUAUACAGUUUGUGCAUAAGAUAAAAUAUCAUAACCGAGUGAAAUGAAUAACGGGGACGUCGGAGGAUCCAGAGGCAGAGGUCGUGGAUGGCAGCAAAACGAUAAUCAACCUCGGGAACUUCGUCGACCGAAAACGGUUGUUGAAGUUGAACCAUCAAAGUCCAACUUGUCUGCUGAUGCAGAAGAAUGGUACCCACCUAACUAUGUGCCCCAGCCAGCAACAUACACAGACCCUUCGCCCUAUAGGCCCCACCGGUUCUCUGUUCAAGGCAGACUACGUCAAGCUCAAGAUGUAAACCCAUACAGUUAUGAAGAGAUGUCAUAUGCACUUGAAGAAUUCGAAAAUGUGGAUAUGCGGGAGAAUCUUGCCAAUUUGAUUACUGUUAUGUGUGAGAUAACAUUUGAACCUGGCAAGUUUGAUACACUAUGUGGGCCAUUAGUUGACUCCUUUGUGUCAACAUUACAUGAUGUCAACUACACUAGACCUCUUGUUGAAGCUAUUGUGAAUCAGUCAAUCGCUGAAUCUAAUUUCCGCUACAAUGGGGCGAGACUCUGCUCCAUGUAUGACUCAGUGUCACCACCAGAGGAGUCCAAGUUCCGCUCAUGUCUGUUGGAGCGUUGUGCCGCAGAGGAGAAUAAGAUUAUCAGUGGUGUUGAGACUUCUGAGGAGAAUAUGAGAGGGUUUGCUAUGUUCCUUGCAGAGAUAUACACUCAACUGGAAGACAGCCAGGGUGGACGCUUAAAAUCUUUAGGUGAAAGCCUCUGCAAAGUGCUUCUCCAUUUGUUGGACACCGACAAAGAAGUCAAUAUUAAAGCUGUGUGUCAGUUACUUAAGUUGUCGGGUAUAGCGCUGGACGCGGACUGUCCUACUGGCAUGCACGCGGCGUUCGAGCGUCUGCGGCGGCGCUCGUCGCUGGCGUGCGUGCGCGGCGUGGUGGCGCUGCGAGCCGCGCGCUGGGGACUCAGCGAGAGCGACCGCGAGCCGCCGCAGGACUCCGCGCACCACGCGCCGCCCGCGCCCGCGCCCGCUCCGCACGACAACAGGCGACGACAAAUAUUUAACGGUGAUAUGGAAGGAGGGGCGAACACCGAGGGAGGUUACCUGGCGGACGGGCACACGCUCACUGCGGAGGAGUGCGCCUUCCUCCAGAGCAACCUGCCGCCUAAGGCCGCCGCUAUCGACGAAGACAUACUCGACGAACUAGAGAACGACGCAUGGGAGACCGGCAUGGACGCCGAGAUGCAGGCCGGCUUCCUCGAAUUUCUCAAGAUGUCCAAUCAGAUCAAACGAUAACCACAUACAGCGUGCGACUACUGUUACUUACUGAACAGAUAAUGUCGCAUCAACGCCGACACGAAAUGUCAAAAAUUAAUAAAAAAAAAUUAUAAAAAACCUUAGAAAAUAAUAAAAAUAUCUCAGUCGCAGACCAUCACUGUAGAAGAAUUAGUAUGGAUUAGUGAAGCGGUAGGAUUAGAGGGAGCGGACCGUCAUUUACGAGAAUAUCAUUUUGUGUGAACAUCAGAUUGUGCGUUCUACUCCUUAGUGGUACAGGAAAGUGGGUGAUCGCAGGAAUUGCCGUAAGUAACACUUCCAUUUAUGCAUUUGUUAGUAAUAUCUUAAAGUUUAACGUGACAUAGCCAGAAAUACUGACAUCUACUGCCUUUCAAUGAAUAUGUUGUAAUAUCGGAUACAUAUAAAAUAGGUGCUCUUUUAGAGUGGUCGAUAUUGAUGUUAAAGAUAGUCUAUAUUUUUAUUUUCAUCUAUACGCCAAUUAGAAUAAUGUAUGCAGAUGUGUCAGUGUUUUGUUGUAUUUUAUUUGCAAUUUAAUUUGUAUAUUUGGGUCUGUCGCUGAGUAGGAUAAAUUCAUAAUAACAUGCGAGCAACAUAAAUUACUUUGGAUAAAGAAUGAAUUGUAUAUUUUGUCACAUUUGAAUCAAUUAACAAUCAUGAACAUUAAAAUAAGGACUUAAUGUAAACAAGUUUGUAUAUCAUCAAAGUAGAACAAAAUGAUUGGGCAUUAUGCUUAUUUAAUACUGUAAAAUUUCCUUGUUUUUAAGAAUCCAUAACGUGCUCAUCGAAAUAAUAGAUCGAAUGUCGUAAAAUUUGGUAAAAGAUUAUGUUUCCUUUCUUGUAUUAAUAUUAAAACUUAAUUACUUGUUUACAUUUUGUCUGUAUAUCUUCUAGUUAUUUAAUGAUCUCAUUUUUAACUCUUUCAAAAUUGACAAUAAAUAUGAAAUUGCUUACAAAAUAUACAAUAACCUGCAUAAUAAACACAGUAUAUUUAAAGAACAACUGAAAACCAAAUCGAGGAGUGAUUUUAAGUAGAAUUACAAUUGAAUUCCUUUAAAAAACAAAGCAGAAAAAUGCACAAAAAAAUACAAAUAUUAAGUUUUUAUUUGCAAGUGUAGAGGCAAAAUGACAAUAACUCUCUUAUUUUAAUGUAAAAGAAUGCAUCCUUCAAUAUAUUCACCCGGAAUGCAUAUAAAAAUGAAAUCUUGGAUGGCUUAAGAAUGAAGAUGAAUUUUAUUAUUAUUUGAGGACAUGAUAAACUUUUUUAUUAAAACAAUUUUUUUAAUCACCAGCACAGCUUGAAAGACAAAAGGUUGUAUGUAUUAUCUUUAAGUAAAAUUUAGGUUAUGUUUUUUUUUUCUUAUUUCAAUCGUGAAAUUUUGUUUAAUUUUUAAUUCAAUUGGGUUCUCCUAAUCAUGUGAAAAUUGUUUUAUUGAAAAAAUAUCACAUUACGCCCUCGUACGGCUUUUUAUCUGCCGAAUAUUUAAGUAAAUACUUCCAUGAAUUUUAUUUGUAUUUGGUGCGGCAAUGCCACCAGUAAUGCCAAAUUACAUUGUGUUGUUUAUAAUUGCUUUAUAUUGACAUAAUUUUUAUUUGUAUGAAGUGAAAUUGUGUGAUAAUGUAUAAUGAUUGAUUUUAGUAAUGACCUAAUUGCCAGUUUAAAUGUCAUAUAAUACAUAUAUCAGUGAAGGUUGCAUGUACACAUGUCCGUACUGUGUACAUGAUGCAAUAAACACAUUUUUGAAUAUUUUUGCAAUAUAUACUGGAAUUAUUUAUUUAAAGCGAUUAGGGCGAAUGUUUAUAAUAUUCCAUUGUAUUUUUGUUGCAGUGAUAUUAUGAAUGUUAUAAGAAUAAAUGGAUAUUUUAUUAUAAGUCAUUUAAGUAAAA